AUGUUUACGGCACGAAAAAGACUAUCACGUUUAAAUCAACGAUUGUCGCAUGCAUACCGUCGACAAUUAGCUUUACAUACUGUAAUUGAUGUUUUCAAUUACGCAGGUGCUGAUGUUUCCAUACCUGUGUCAUCCUCAUCAUUAUCGACUACAUACAAUAUUCCAUCUCCAUCUUCGUUAUUACUUCCAUCGACAUCGCCAAUAGCACCAAUUGUUUUAGGACGCAAUACCCAGGCAGACAAACUUUUGAGAAAACGCGUGUACACACCGUAA